AUGAAUGAACGUGUUAAUGAUUCAGGCCUCAAUAAUGAAAACGCAGAACCGAGUCAAUCAAGCUCCAGGAACGGUAAGGCGAGUGAAUCUCCAAAGGUUAAAAAAAAUAAAAGAAAUUAUCAACUCAGUGCAGUUGACAUUAAGUUUAUGAAGUACAUAGAUUCAACAGCACAGGAGGAGAGAAGCCGUAGCAUGAACUUUUUUAGGGGAAUUUCUGAUACAGUUGACAAGCUUAGUGACGAAAAUAUGAUAGAUUUUCAGUUUCAAGUCAUUUCAGUCAUUAAGAACAUUCAACAAAGAGAGCAAAACCGAUAUAUACCUACACCUAGAAACCAGUGGGAUCAUGGCCCUCAAGGAUAUCAAAGUAGCACAGCUCUACAAGUUCACAAUUAUCAAUGUAUGGGUAUUCUACAGCUGCUCGAUCAAGCUUUGAGAUCGGUCGUCAGGAAUAUGAUUUUGGACAUAGUUCUGGCUUGGAGCCAAUCCCCAACCGACCGGAAUCGCAAGCAUCCGUGCACAGUGUGA